CGCAUCCUCCUUGUCUUCAGUCUUCAGUCUUCAAUGCGACAGUGGCGUGACCAUCGGAUCAUUCUCUAACUUGCUUUUACAGGCCAUGGCGAGGCCGCGCUCAUGCUGCAGCGCGCUUGGUAUCAUGAUCCGCAGAGUUUGCCCUUUGCUCCAUACAUUAAAUCUCACGCGCUAGUAUCCCUGGUCCAGAAAGGGUUACAAUAUCACGACCUGGAGCAUUCUCUCGACAAGGAAGGAAAUCCUACACCGAUAUCACCGUCAGAUUUCUUCUUUGGGCCGGCACCACUGGAUUCAGAGGCGCUGAAAGGUCAAGGUGGCCCGGACGCACCUGUUGGCGCAGACCAAGCGCCUGUUUCGCCUACGAGCAAAGUGAUCAACGGUCACUCCGAACCCGCUCCCAACAUCAAAAGGCCUCGCAAAGGCGAUCGCGCAGAAACUAAUGGAGACGAUGCUGCGAUGGACGUCGAUUCUAACGGCGUGGCAAAUAAUAACGACACCAGAUCGCAAUCCCCGCAAGACGUGGACGGUGAUGGAGAUGUGAGCAUGGGCGUACGGCCGGAAUCCCAGGAUCAGGAACCCGCCGCGCCGCCGACCUUUACGCUGACGACCGGCCACAGCGUUGGUGUCCAGAUCACCCCCACCAAGGCUGCCGACCUUAGUCCCAACACCGCCAUUCUGGAUGUGGCUGGUGAUGAUCACGUGACGCGGACCCUGUGGCGCCCCCGGGACCCGACAGUCGUCGUUGCUGCCGGUGAUACGUUCUGCAGUCUGUGGAAGCUGUCCUCCUCCUCGGCACCGGUGCAGGAGAAGCUAGUCGAAAGCAAGGGAGAUGACGCAUGCGUAUCGACGGUUGCCUGGGAUCCCACGGGCCAGAAGUUGGCUGUAGCCACCUACAAUGACAUGAGAGGAUCCAUUACCAUGUAUGAUGUGCAUGGAUAUGCUGUCGACCUUUUGCCCGAAGUCCCUCGAAUGAUUACUGGAUUGCAUUGGGCUGAAAACAGCUCUCACCUGGUUGUGGUCGCGUCUGAUAGUAAAAUUUCUGAGCUGGCUCUUUGGGAUAGCUCAUUACGUCCGGACGAAUUCCCUUCUCCGCAGGUGAUCGACGGUUCAAUCUAUGAUCUCACUUGGUCAGGAAGAAACCAAGCCUAUGCAUGUGGAGAUGGAUCGGUUUACCAAUGCGAAGUCGACUCGAGUAUCCACAUCUCCAAAACAUUCUCCUCCGGUGGGACCGAUACCGCUUGGACGUUUAUUCGCUCUGCCAAAUCCGGGAAUUCUUCUGUGGUGGUGGCUGCAGCUUCUGCAUCAUCUGCCUUCUGGAUUCCAACCCAUGACAUGCACCUGGAGGAUGCGCACCAAGGCGAUAUCACAGCCAUAGAGCUUCGCGCCCAGUCGCCAACACCCGAGCCUCAGCAACAAAGCUCUCAGAUAGUCCUGGCUUCUGCUUCUACAGAUGAUACGGUCAAGAUAUGGCACAUUGACUUGGAGUCAAAGCGCUUCGAAUGCAUCCAUCGUUUGUUCCUUGGUCCGUCCCUGCCUGCCCUUGCCGGGGGCUUCUCUCCCGAUGGAUACGCUCUUGCCGCUGCAACUAAAGAUAGGCUUUUCAUCUGGAAUGCAGAAAGGGGAGGUACGCCCAUGGCCACCUGGAAAAUGCCAGGAUCCGAAGAGGCGAAAAGCGAAGAAGGUCCUGACCGGGCCGUCAAUGGACAGAAUGGGACAUCGGAAGCAGUGCCAUAUCGUUCCCUCUCAUGGGACACCGAUGGUAAAAAGCUCGCUAUUGGCUUUGACAAACAGAUGGCAAUCGUUAAUCUACAGCGCUGAGCAUUGUUUAUCUCCCGUAACGCAAUGAUAAACCUAACCAACUUUGCUUUCACAUCAAAAUAAUCUAUUUCAAGGUGCAAAUGUCGCCGAUGAAGACGACUGGAUACAGAAGCUCGCUUCUGCACACAAGCUUCGAUACUUGUGUAAAAAAAAAAAAGCACCUGCCUUUUACAAUGCACCAUCAUCUAAUUAACAGUCGGCUUUGGCAGUUUUCACAUCCCUGCGUUGCGCCGAACAAAAAAGCCGUUCUCAGUACCACGGGGAG